AUCUGUCUAAAAAUUCUUGUUGGCGUUUAUCUUUUAAAAAUUCUUGGGUAACGAGUAACGGCGGUUAACUUUAUCUUGGGAAAAAAAAAAGAAAAUGAAAAAAGGAGUUGUUUUACCCACGCGUCAUCCCUAUCUUCCUUUCCCCUCAAUAUAAAUUCCAUUCUCGUUUCAGUUUCUCUAAUGACAUAAGCGAGGCUUUGCCUCUGUAAACUUCAUCUCUCUACUCUAUUCGCACAAAAUUGAGAAACAGAAAAAUGGAUCGGAUCAAAGGGCCAUGGAGCCCCGAGGAGGACGAUUUGCUGCAGAGACUGGUGGAGAAGCACGGGCCGAGAAACUGGUCCCUGAUUAGCAAAUCAAUCCCGGGGAGAUCGGGCAAAUCGUGCCGGCUGCGGUGGUGCAACCAGCUGUCGCCGCAAGUGGAGCAUCGGGCCUUCACGGCGGAGGAGGACGACACCAUCAUCAAGGCCCACGCCAAGUUCGGGAACAAGUGGGCCACCAUAGCCCGAUUCCUCUCGGGCCGGACCGACAACGCCAUCAAAAACCACUGGAACUCCACGCUCAAGCGCAAGUGCUUCUCCAUGUCGGAGGAGCUCACCGACUUCGACCCGGAGGUCCACCACCCGCUCAAGCGAUCCGCCAGCGCCGGCCCGCCCGGCUCGGCCUUCUGCUUCAACCCGGGCAGCCCCUCCGGGUCCGACGAUUCGGGCCACUCGGCCCACCCCGUCUACCGCCCCGUCGCCCGCCCCGCUCCGCAGCCGCACAUCGUCACAUCGCUCAGCCUCUCCCUGCCCGGAACCGAACCCGCACCCGCCGUGAUGGAUCCGGAUCCCGAUCCUCAGCCGCGAUGGGCGGCGGAGAAGCAGUUUUUCAGCGCGGAAUUUCUGGGGGUGAUGCAGGAGAUUAUAAGGAAGGAGGUGAGGAAUUACAUGGUGGGAAUGGAGAUGGAGCACAAGGGGCAGUGCAUGCAGAGUGAUGCGAUGAUGAUUAAUGGCGUAAUCAAGCAGAUGGGGAUGAGCAAGGUUGAUUGAAUCCAACCAAGAUGGGGAAAUUGAAAUGUUGUUUUUCGAUGUUUUGGUUUCAUUAGAUUAAUAAUCUGGGGAUAAAUGUACAGCAGAUGACGACGAAGAAUGAAAAUCAAACAGAAGAGUAGCGUUUUCAUGUUUUA